AUGCCUAGGAAAGCCAAAUUGAUCAAAAAGCGCCCAGCGCCUUACCGCGCACCGCGAACUCGGAGCACCACCGCGAAUUCCAAGUCUGCCUCGGUCCUCGAUGCCGCCUCUGGUCAAGCAUCUGGGCCUAUCGUUACUGCUGCCUCAGCCGUCAUCACUCUUUCUGGUGCUUCUGUAACUAACGACAUCUACCCAGGACCCGUUGCGCCUGCUGCCUUCCCUAUCUUCCGCCUCCCCAGGGAACUCCGGGACCUCAUCUACAAAUACACAAAUAUAUUGCCACUGCACAAGCUUGUAGCAGCCAGACUUAUAGUGGACGAGAAGUUCUUCUUGAGCGGGGUGGCUCGCGCCAAAUCGAGUGGGGUUCCCUUCCCUUCCGCCUGGAAAAGACCGUCUUUGCUUCGCGUCUGUCGCCAGAUGCGGCAUGAAGUCCUCGACUUAUUUUUCAUCCAAAACAUGGUCUACUUCAAUGACGGCUAUGCAUCAGAGUAUCCCAAGAACUUUGACGAAGGCGCAUGGUUCCGUCUCGCCAAAGUUGGCAAGAGAGCGAGCGGACCCGAGAUCCAACCACCGCGACAGAUGCAGUCGUUGUGGAAAGACGCCCUCUCUUAUCUCCGUCACAUGCACAUCUCAAUUCGUCAGAACACCGUCACGAAGCCGGAGUGGUUCUCCUCGGCGAUCAAACACAGCCCCCGGCUGUCCACCGUCUGUUUCGGGAUUAUCAACAGACGGCGGUGGGAUGCAGAGCCCCUUCUCGACGCAUACUGCGCAGCGUUUAACAAGAUUGAGAGUCUGCAUGACUUAAAACUUGCGUAUGGUUCCCAGAAGGAAGACGUCGAGGCGAUUUCGAAGAAGGUCAGCUGUUCGGUGCAGUUGCUAUGCAUUUGCAGCCUUGAGGAUAAGCGUGCCCGUUUAGGCAAGGCACCUGUCACUGUGUUGCGUGAUCACGGUGGUUCUCACCCAAGGAGCGUAAUACUCGGUUGUUAUUUCACAACGCAGCUCAUGAAACAUGAGCAACUGAGAGAAUGGUGGCAUAUCCGAGGCGGGUCUUGCACAGUUCGUACGGCAGAAUACACUUCUGAUGGAUUGCGUCGUGAGGGCCGGUUGACGCUCUAUUGCACGGAAGCCUCGCGGCGAUUGAAAGAAGCAUAUAACGGCCGUAUAACUGCCAAGCUGGAAAGGGCAGUGGGAUAG